CUUGCGCCGAACAUGGCCGCCGCCGCCGGCGCCGGUGCCGCCCGCCCGGCCGAGCCUGGAACACAAGAUUGAAAAUGACAGCUCAAGACCUUCCUGAAGAACUGUCCUGUGACAUGGAGUUGGAAGGAUUUACGAGACAGGGUCCUCAUUUCUCCAUUUUAGAUGACAGUUGGAAUUGUGAGAGCCAGGAGGGAUGUUUGAAGCAAUCAGCCUUAACUCAGGAGGAACCAGGAGCUCAGAAAGCAGUUCAUGAAUAUCCUGGAUUUGGGGAGCAUUUGAGUGUGAGCCCAGACCUUCCACGAUAUCAAAGAGUUCCUACAAUAAAUGGUUUCUGUGUACGUGGCUCAGAUGUUAAAAGUCUGGAUUGUGACCCAGCUUUACACAGUUGUCACAAAAGUUAUGUAGCUAGGAGAACAAGUGACAGUGAUGCCUGUGGGAAAACCUUCAAUCAUUCCAUAGAAGUUAUUCAAUUUGGAAGAACUCAAACUAGAGAGAAACCCUGUAAAUACCCCGAGACUGUUAAGUCUUUCAAUCCUUUUGCCCCUCUUGGUGAACAAAAAAUAAUGAAAAGAGGAAAGAAAUUGUAUGAAGGUAAGGAUUUUGGGGACAUCUUUACCCUGAGUUCAUCUCUUAAUGAAAACAAGAGGAGCAGCCCUGGAGAGAAGCUGUAUAAAUGUACUGAAUGUGGCAAGUGCUUCAAACGGAACUCUUCUCUUGUUUUACAUCACCGAACUCACACUGGAGAGAAACCUUAUACCUGUAAUGAGUGUGGAAAGUCCUUCUCCAAGAACUACAACCUGAUUGUGCAUCAAAGAAUCCAUACAGGAGAGAAGCCUUAUAAAUGCAGUAAAUGUGGGAAAGCCUUCAGUGAUGGGUCUGCUCUGACACAACACCAGAGAAUUCACACUGGAGAGAAACCUUAUGAAUGUCUAGAAUGUGGGAAAACCUUCAAUCGAAAUUCAUCCCUGAUUCUGCACCAAAGGACUCAUACAGGGGAAAAACCAUAUAGAUGUAAUGAGUGUGGGAAACCUUUCACAGACAUCUCUCACCUCACAGUGCAUCUCAGAAUCCACACUGGGGAGAAGCCCUACGAAUGUAGCAAAUGUGGAAAGGCCUUCCGAGAUGGCUCAUACCUCACCCAGCACGAGAGGACUCACACUGGAGAGAAGCCCUUUGAGUGUGUGGAAUGCGGGAAAUCCUUCAACCGUAACUCUCACCUUAUUGUGCAUCAAAAAAUCCAUUCUGGGGAGAAGCCCUAUGAGUGUGAAGAAUGUGGGAAAACUUUCAUUGAGAGUGCUUACCUCAUCAGACACCAGAGGAUUCAUACUGGCGAGAAGCCCUAUGGCUGUGACCAGUGUCAGAAACUUUUCAGGAACAUCGCCGGCCUCAUCCGGCACCAGAGGACUCAUACUGGCGAGAAGCCCUAUGAAUGUAAUCAGUGCGGCAAAUCUUUCAGGGACAGCUCCUGUCUGACCAAGCACCAGAGAAUUCACACCAAGGAGACCCCAUACCAGUGUCCAGACUGUGGAAAGUCCUUCAAGCAGAACUCUCACCUGGCAGUACAUCAGAGACUCCACAGCAGGGAGGGUCCCAGCCAUUGUCCUCAGUGUGGGAAAACAUUCAGAAGGAGCUCUUCCCUCAUCCGACACCAAAGAUCACACCCUGGGGAACAGCCUGUGGAUCUUUAAUGAGCUUGCGGGCCAUAUUUAUCUCUCCCUACAGGCUUUCAAAAACCUGUGUGAAAGAGAAGUAUCUUCAGGGAUAGUUCCUCCCUGUCAAAGUCAGGAAAAGACUUUGUUGAGCUCUUCAGUGAAUUGAUGGAUGUGAGACAUUCCUUAUCAUACUGUUAAGUCUAUACCUUAGGGAACUCUUGGAGAGAAUACAGGAUGGUAGUAAUAUGGAAAAGCCUUCAGGGAUGAUUUAGCCUGUACCAAACAUAGUAGUGCACACACUGGAAUAAAACCUGCACAAAUCAGGACCAUACUUCCCUGGAGAACCCACCUACCUGUGCAUCAGGGUCCUCAAACUGAAGAAACCUGUGUAAUCUGGAUGAGAAGUCCUUCAAUAGGGAGUGUAUGCCUUACUGUACAUAAGCAAACUCACUAGAAUCCAAUGAGGGAAGCUUUUGGGCAGGAGCCCUUACGGUUUUACUUGCAAAGGCAUCCUGGUGAGAGACCCCACACAGUGUUCUGCCCCACAGCAACCACAGAAUUAGAGUGAUUGCUAUUUGAAUGUAUUCUGUGUUACAGUACUGCCAGAGGCUGAGGACUCAUUUCAGAAGGGGCAACUGGAUGAGGAAGUUGCUUGUGAUGUACAGUGAUGUUAUCCCUCUUAAGAGGAGACCAAAGCAGGUUCCUACCAAGAAGGAAAGAUCUGCUGCUGAGAAAAGUGAUGUGUUGCUUUAGUUAUUGAGACAAACAAAAAAACAUGUUAUUGGGUUAUGUUUACAUUGUCACCCCUCAUUAUAAAUUUGGGAAACUUCUGAUUUGUUCCAUGCAGCCAUGCCAAACCAUAAUGAUGAAAGGUUUGUCCCCAUACUGAAAGUGCUUAUAAUAUGGCCAACAACCAGAAGCAUAAAAUAGAAGAUUUGCUGUUGCUACAGCCAUGUAAAGAUGUGCACACAUACAAUGUAGAUUGAACGUUGAUCAUGGAGAAAUAAAUGUGGUUUUUCUAGGGGACUGUUAA